AUGUUAUCGGAAGAUCAUUGGUUUGAGAAUGAGUUAUUUGGUUAUAGUCUCUGUCAACUAGUUUCGGUUAUUGAUGGUAAAUGUGAUAUUCCAGUGCUCACUGGAUUCUUUGGAUCGUACAUUCGUUGGUCACCACGGUCUAUUCGUCAUGUAUCUUUUUUACCUCCGAUUGACGAAGAUCCAAGUAGCCUCGAAUGUGCAAAAAUCAGUCUGCAGAUGACAGAGUCCUCAUUACUUGAUACAAAAAUUCAAUCAAAAACAGUGAUUGUUGCUGAUGAAAAGAUUUAUACAAGUUGUUUGAAAGUGAGUUUUUGUGGCUCCACUAUAUUUCUUUCGGCAGCCAUACUUAGCAAAAGCUUAGGAGAAGAGGUACUGGCUGAUUUGGAUAACCAACUUAAUAUCUUUCCAUCUUUAUUCACGUUCAGUAAAAUGCCAUCUAAUUUCGCUACAAUUUUAAAUGCUGAAUCUAAUUAUCGAAAUUGCAACUCC